AACGAAAGGACCUUAUUGCGCAGGAUUCCGUCGUCGGGAGGAGGGCGAAUUUCGGGGUCAGAUUGGAGCAGUAGGUGUUUGAUAUUUAAGGGAUAAAAUUGAUGGCUCUACGGUUUACUCGGUUAUUAAUCCCUCCGGGUAUAUCCGGCUUUAGAGCAGGAUCUACGGUGCUCACGGCCAGGAUCCACUCUGGUGUCCCCAGCAACCUGCAGUAUGGGUGGUUGGCUUACAUGCUGGGCGAGAGGACCACCCCAAGGUUCAGCAAAAACAGCAAGAUCAUCACCGUCGAUGGCAAUUUGGCUUCAGGGAAAGGGGCUCUAGCGGAAAAGCUGGCGGACUCCCUGGGGAUGCUGUACCUAUCUGAGCCCGACGUUAACUACGUGAACAGAAUGACAGGAGAGAAAGAGCUGCUCGACACGCGCUUCAAUGGGAACUGCAGCCUGGAGAAGUUCUACGCUGACCCCAUGUCCCCUGAUGGGAACUCUUACCGGCUGCAGUCCUGGAUGUACCACGUCCGGACCCUGCACUACGCGGAUGCCUUCGAGCACUUGCUCACCACAGGUCAAGGAGUGAUCAUGGAGCGAUCCCCAUACAGUGACAUGGUUUUCCUGGAGGCGAUGACCAAACAAGGCUACAUCCGAAAGCAGUGUGUGGCGCACUACAACGAGCUCAAAGACAUCAGUAUCUGCGAGUUCCUGCCCCCUCACCUGGUCAUCUAUGUGGAUGUCCCGGCUGAGGACGUGCACAAGAAACUGUUGCAGACGGGCAAGGACAUCCCUUUGGCCUAUCUGAAGAGCAUUGAGGAGUCCUACAAGAAGAGCUUCCUGCCCAAAAUGACUGACCACUGCGAGAUACUGGCCUAUGACACGGUUCAAGCACAGGAUAUUGAAAAGGUAGUGGAAGACAUAGAGUACCUCAAGUUUGAAAAGGGGCCGUGGCCACUGCAAGACGACGUCUCCUUCCACCACUUGCGAAUGCUGGUUGAAGACAAGCAAAGGGUUGCUAGCCUCACGUGCACCGCUGAUUUCCUGCCUGAAGUGACAAUCGGGGCUCACGAAUAUGACGAGACCUACCACGCCUACAAGUCGCUUCCGGGUAAGCGGUAUGCCCCCGGGUACAACGUGGACGUCGGGGACAAGAACAUCUGGCUGAAGUGAAAUGCUGGCAAAGUCCUGCGCACCAGUAACCACGGAGGGGCACGACGACGGUCAUAAACAAUCCACUUAAUAAAGAAACAACAACAACGUCCCCUUCACCGGUUUAUCUGCUGUAAGGAAAAACCGCUUGGGCCCUUGAUUGGAUCCAACCAGCGCUUCCUUUCCUUCUGUCCAGUUAUAUGUAUUAAAGAAUAAGUUAUCUCAUUAAUUGUAUACUUAGAGAAAAUACGAAACUUUAUUAAAAAAGAAAGAGAAGUG